CACUUUCUCCUCAUCCAAAAAGCAACAAAAAGAAAAAAAAAACCAGAGAGAGAAAUUAAGAGAAAUAGAGAGAUAGAGAGAUAUUGUGAAGAAAGUGAAAAUGGGAAGCUUAAUCGACUUUGAAGAGACGGAGCUCCGGCUGGGGCUGCCCGGCGGCGACGGCGGAAGAGGCGACGGAGACGCCGUGAAGAAGAGGGGUUUCACUGAAACUGUGGAUUUGAAGCUCAAUCUUUUGUCCAAACCCGACGAAGGCCAUAAAACGACACACAAAAUUGCCGUUUCGAGCUCCGUCGCUAAAGAUCUUCCCAAGCCUCCGCCGGCCAAGGCGCAGGUUGUGGGUUGGCCGCCGGUGAAGUCGUUGAGAAGGAACAUUGUAGCUCCAAAGAAGAGUAUAGAGGAAACCAAGAAUGGCGGCGGCGGCUGCAGCGCCGGUGCGGCGGCGUUCAUUAAAGUGAGCAUGGACGGUGCGCCUUACUUACGCAAAGUGGACUUGAAGAUGUACGGAAGCUACAGAGACUUUUCCAAUGCCUUAAGCAAUAUGUUCGGUUCUUUCACCACAGGUAAUUGUGGGCCACAGAAGAUGAAAGAUUACAUGAAUGAAAGCAAAUUAAUAGAUGUGCUGAAUGGGUCUGAUUAUGUGCCUACUUAUGAAGACAAAGAUGGAGACUGGAUGCUUGUGGGAGAUGUGCCUUGGGACAUGUUUGUGGAUUCCUGCAAACGCUUGAGGAUAAUGAAAGGAUCUGAGGCCAUUGGACUUGCCCCACGAGCAUUGGAGAAGUGCAAGAACAGAAACUGAACCACUACUAUUAGGUUUUUUUUUGGUCGAAUUAUUAGUAUUAUCAUUAUUAAAAUUAUUAUUUGGUAGUUUGCAAUAUUAUAUAAUUGAUCUUGAUGAAGAAAUCAAACCCAACUCAAUCGGGGGAGGAGUUUGAAUCUGAUUUGUAACAUAUCACGUUUUGUCUUUGUAAUUAUUAUAUCUGAAAUAAUUUCUCACAAAAUUUUGUAUUC